AUGGUCCGGAAUAUCGUUGUUAUAGGGGGCACCUCCCACCCCCGCCUCACCCAGACAAUAUGCAAUUUUCUCGGAAUUCCUCCGGCCGAGGUCCUUCUUUCGAAAUUCUCCGUGGGCGAGACGAGGGUUGAAAUCCAGGAGUCCGUCCGUGGAAAGGACGUCUACAUUAUCCAGUCCGGUGGUGGGAAAGUCAACGACCAUCUCAUCGAACUCCUGAUCACCAUCUCUGCCUGCAAGACCGCCUCCGCCAGGAGAGUUACCGCGGUUCUGCCGCUGUUCCCGUACUCGCGCCAAAGCGACAUUCCCUACAACAAAACUGGCGCCCCUCUGGUCAAAUCGUCGCUGGCUGGCAGGCCUGGCUCGGUAAACGGCUACACCUUCGAGAGUACUCCUUCGACCCCGCAUCCUGGAAAACCUGAGAGCACAAAUAUCAUGAAUGGCGUAGAAAGUCUACAGAAAGGCCUUGCGAAAGCCCAACUAGAGGAAUUCAACGGCAUCUCGCCAAAGAAGCCCACCUUGGAAUCGUUAAAGUCAGAUGCCAGCAGAUCCCCUGUGCUAAAUGGAUCUCUCAACGACGACAAUGCAAGCGUCUCAUCAUCCACUUCGUCGAAAAUCAAUUCUUUCCAGCCACGCCCCGGUUACAGACAAUGGGUCGCGCAGGCGGGGACUUUGGUCGCAGAUUUACUUACCUCUGCCGGUGCGGACCAUAUCAUCACAAUGGACCUGCAUGACCCUCAGUACCAGGGCUUCUUCGAUAUUCCGGUGGAUAACUUAUACGGAAGGCCUCUUUUGAAGAGGUACAUCCAGCAGAACAUUCCUAACUGGAAGAAUGCUAUCAUUGUGAGCCCUGAUGCCGGUGGAGCUAAGAGGGCGACCGCUAUUGCGGAUUCCAUGGGUAUGGAAUUCGCUUUGAUCCACAAGGAACGACGCCCUACAAAAAUCACAGAUCGUCAGAACGCAACCAUGAUGCUGGUCGGUGAUGUGCGGGAUCGGACAGCGAUUCUCAUUGACGACCUGGCGGAUACAUCAAACACAAUCACCAGAGCCGCGAAGCUGCUCAAGAAAGAGGGUGCAUCCAAAGUCUACGCGCUGGUCACGCAUGGAAUUCUCAGCGGUGAUGCUAUCGACCGUAUCAACGCCAGCGCCCUCGAUAAGGUGGUCGUCACCAACACCAUCGAGCAGGCCGAGCACCUGGGACGGUGCCCCAAACUCGAGGUUCUAGAAGUUGGACAUGUCUUUGCCGAGGCCAUCCGUCGUGUCCACCACGGUGAAAGCAUCAGCGUUCUUUUCCAAUAUGACUGA